AGACUGUCGCUCGAAAUCACAAGAAUCGGAACAGUUUUCCCCUCUCGAUCUCUGCUCUCAGAUUUCUCCGUCGCCGAUCGCUUCUUGUUUUAGUUUUCGUUAUCCUCCGGGGAGGUCGAGAUGAGUUACAAUCAGCAACAGCCGCCCGUCGGAGCUCCUCCGCCGCAAGGUUAUCCGUACGGCUACGGGAACGAGAAGGACGCCUAUCCGCCACCUGGUUAUCCGGCUCAGGGAUAUCCGGCAGGAGGAUAUCCGCCGCCGGGGGGCUAUCCGCCGCAGGGAGGCUAUCCGCCGCCUCAGUACGCGCAGCAACCGCAGCCUCAGCAGAGCAGUGGACCGAGUUUCAUGGAGGGAUGUUUGGCUGCGCUUUGCUGCUGUUGCCUACUGGACGCAUGCUUUUAGAAGAAAUGGAUGAGGACUGACUGACGACGGCUAUGGAGGUUCUUUGCGAAUUCUCUAUCUCUACUAUGGCCUUCCAGUUUCUAGCUGUUAGUUGGUCUUUCUGCUCUGUAAUUUCCAUUUUCUUCCUUUAUAAUUAUAGUGUGGGACUUAUGGAGAUCUGAGUCCUCCUCAGAUCGGUUACAUAAAGGGUUUCUUCUACUUAUGGACCUGUUUGUGCUGUGAAAAGUUCAAUUGCUUUCAAUGUUUGAAUAUGGAUUGAUGACC